AUGUCAAAAUGGGGAACCAGAUUGCUAGCUUUUUGUUGCAUCACUGCCACUCUCUUCCCCUUGCCUUUUAUCCUCAUCAAGACUCUAACACGGGGAAAGGGAUGGAACUUUAAAUCUUUUCCAUUUGUUACGGCAAUGGACAGUAGUGUGGACAUGUCCCCAGAUGAGUACAAGGCUACUGGAGACCAUCACUUGGAUGGAGCGACAUCAGAGUCUCAGGAGCACAACUUCAUACAAAAUCUGGUCCGGAGAAACCGUGUGGUGAUCUUCAGUAAAACUCACUGUCCUUACUGUGAUGACUCCAAGACUCUGCUCAGCAACAUGGGAGUGGAUUAUACCACGGUGGAACUGGACAAGAUGAAGGAAGGGAACCAAGUGCAGAAUGUUCUUGGUCGUAUCACGGAUGCUAGAACUGUGCCAAGAAUCUUCAUUGAUGGCCACUGUGUCGGGGGAAACAGUGAUCUCAAAAGUCUGAAUAAAUCUGGUGCACUCAGGAAUCUACUGAAAGAUAGGAAUUUUUCUGCCAAAGGCUCUUGA